AUGGACAAUCUUGAGAAUUCCUUUAUUGCUGGCGCUGAUGCGUAUGUUAAAGGGAAGUAUGCCAUCACUUCUACUGGAGUCGUUCGAAAAGGCACUGGUCGCGCUUUUAGUGUUGUGCCAGAGGAAUUGGAAUGGGAUGGACAGAUUAUUGGACGAGGAGCUAGCGGCUGUGUACUUCGUUCCUGUCAUCGACCUACUAACACACCAUUAGCACUCAAGAUGAUCAAUAUGUACGACAAAACCAAACGCGAACAGCUUAUCCGAGAGAUCAAUGCACUUUUUAACGCAAAAUGUCAAUCUCUCGUUACUUUCUUUGGUGCAUUUCUACGUGAUGGCGCAGUUGUGCUUGCUCUUGAAUACAUGGACGGUGGAUCAUUAGAAAAUGUCAUUCAUCAGCUUGGUACAAUUCCAGAGCAUGUUCUGGCCAGUGUUGCCUUCCAGAUCCUCCAUGCGCUGUCGUAUUUGAAGACCAAUAAACGCGUACAUCGUGACAUUAAACCACCAAAUAUUUUGCUCAACAGUCAAGGUCAAGUCAAGCUUUCGGAUUUUGGCAUUGCCUCCGAGCUUGGCAACUCCAUCGCCAUGUGUGGCACUUUUGUAGGCACCUUUCGGUACAUGUCUCCUGAGCGAAUCCAGCACAAGCAGUACAGCUAUAGCUCAGACACCUGGAGUCUUGGUCUCGUACUCAUGGAAGCGGCCACGGGCGUUUACCCGUAUCCCAAUCACAAAACUUGCAUUGACAUGUUGCAGAGUGUGCUCGAAGCACCACCACCUGCUCUAUCGCCGCAGUAUUUCUCGCAAGAUUUUUGUGAGUUCCUGCACCAGUGUCUGCAAAAGAACCCGCUGGACCGUGCUUCAGCCGAUACUUUGCUUGACUCUCCUUGGUUGCAGCGCUGUGGAGCAGUCGACCUCGAGAGCUCGAUUGCGAAUGUCCGGCAUUGGAUUGACUCGCUUCAAUAA